AUGGCGGAGGACGGUCCAUUCCGGUACUGGAUCACCCGGCCAGUCAGACGGCUGAAGAACUUCAUCAGGCCACUGGAUGGCGAAAACGAGGCGAACGUAGUUCCUGCCGUCGAGGCUGUUUUCCGCGCAAGGUCAACAUUCAUCACUGAUACCGUCUUCAGUGCCUGGCAUCUCCUCGCUAUCUACCUCAGAAGCGAGGCCGACAAUUGGUUAUCCACCCCCAAUGAUGAUCCCCUUGUUCCUCCGACAGGAGACGCUGCCGGGAAUCACAGGAUGCGGAAAGGACUGCAUCAGAUGAUGCAGGACACCUUGAGAAUCAUUGCCACGGAUGGUGACCGGGGCAGUGUUGAUCCGGUACUCCUGGAAACCUAUACUACCAAACUCCAGCCAACCAUGAUGACCGGCUACCAUUCCGACGAACAAGAUGACCUCCCCAACAAACCUCCAAACAACGCGCAGUACCUCUUUACUCGGAAGAUUCUUCGCACCGCAGCCAACACUCCCGCCGGGGAAGGGUGGACGGAUUAUCGGUCGCACUUCAAGCUUAUUGCCAGGACACUGCAAGCGAACUUCAAGGAACACAUAGCCAAGAAUCUCAGCGACAUCAUGGCACAGAUUCUCUCAGCUCAAGUCUAA